CAACAAUAGCGUAAUUCAAUCAAGUAGUAUAAGAUGAGUACAAACGAAUGUACUGUAUUUGGAUUGCAUAAUCAAAUCAGUCAUCAACAUGAAGGAGUCAUUGGUUCAUUCAAACACCACUAGAGAUCAAUAAAAUCCCAUAAUCACAUGGGAAAUUCCAUAUCUUUCUGUUGGAAUUCUAAAAUAGUGGCGCCUAGUUUACUGUGUGUGUUACCCUGAGAUUUCCAUUGGGUUAACAACUGAGUUUUUUAAUAUAGUUUCGGUUGUCAUUGACAUUUUGGAAUCCCAAGAAAAAUAAACCAUCCUGUUUCUCAAAGUCGGGCAGAAAUUUAAAGGGACUUUCAAAUUCACUGGUGAUAAUAUUACCAGGAUACUUGAUGCACACAAAUUUAGAUACCUAUGUAGUGAAACAAGUUAGUCAAAAGUGUUUAUGUAUUGGAGCAUUUUUACAUAGCUACUUCUUAAAAGCUGGAUUACUUAGUCAUGUGGUAGGAUUGUUCAAACAAUAUAGUGUUACUCUAUCUCCCAAUUUCAGAGGAAAGUUCUAUCCAUUUUCAGGAAAUCUUUUAAAAGCCGCUAUAAAAAGUUUUGCAAAAAUGGCACAAAACCGGCGAGACUAAAGAACAUGGACGAGCCAAUCAGAAGCUUUCGCGGGUUUUCAAGGUCACAGCGCUAAGUUCGGUACCUGACGCUUACGUACGGUCAGUUUACAAAGGAUUUUAGAGAAAACAUGAUAAUUAAGCGUCUACAAGAUAUGUUACCAUAAGAUUUUGGCACAAAAUUCAAUUAUAUAUUUAGAUUGAGUUGUGGCAUUAUAGCUGAUGUCAGUUCGUGAUGAAAACCCUAAGUAAAAUUCAUAACCUUAACCAUAAACUGUAAAUCAUAAUUUGAAUUCUUCACGCGGGUUUAUAACCCUCAUUUCGUCUUAGUUAUUACGUUGACACUCUCAGAUUCACUCUAGCGUCGCUCAAAUGUCGUCCAUUAUUAAUGGUUUCAUCUCUAACCCUAAACCGUAACCCUAAUCCUAAACCAUACCAACAUACCGACAACACUGAAACUAUGUGGUCGAGGCUGAAAGAAUUUUCGGAACUUUAUCGUGGUUCCAGAUGUCGACUACUAUGGAGCCACAUGGAUGGGUUCCUGUGCCGGAUGCACUAUGAUUUUAAAACUUCUGAACCUAUAUCUUACCUUGAUAAGUUUUUGAUACAUGUAAAAGAACAGUAUCCCCUUUAAUUUUUGAGUUUUGUAUAAUAUAUUUUUAUUAAAUGCUAACUGUCUUCUGAUUGGCCAAUAUUUCUCAAGGUCAUUUAAGAUUCGUUCAAAGGUCGUCCAUGUUCUUUAGUCUCGCCGAAGUUGGAAUUAUAGUUUCCAUCCCGAACUGACACCAGCUGUAAUGCUAAAACUCUACUUAACCAAAUAGAUGAGUGAAUUUCCCGCUAAAAUCCGAGACCUGUUGUCUUAUACGUUAUUGGUUCUUCCAUAAAUUCUAGUCUCACCGAAUUAAUCUUAGAUAAUGGCGUUUACCAUGAUUCAGAUAAAAAAUAAACUGUCUAAACACUAAUUAUGUAUAAAUGUCUUGUCUCAAACCACUCAAUACUUCGGUCCAUUUUUUGUACUUUAGAAAAAACAUGCUCGUUGUCAACAGUUUUCGUCGGUUACUCAACACCCAGUCGAUAUCAUUUCAAUCCAGAAUUAGAAAAUUAUUUAUUCAGGUCCAAGAAACUCCUAAUCCUAACAGCUUAAAAUAUUUUCCUGGUAAGCCUGUACUAGGUUCUGGCACUAGAGAUUUUCCAUCUUGCACACAAUCCACGUCUUCCCCGUUGGCUAGACAGUUAUUUCGAAUCGAAGGGGUUGAACGAGUCUUCUUUGGUCCUGAUUUCAUCACAAUUACUAAGAAUGACGACUUCGAAUGGGCUGUAAUAAAACCUGAUGUAUAUGCAACUAUAAUGGAUUUCUACAGUUCUGGACAACCUGUUGUCAGUGAAGAAAAGGCACAAGACUUAAAUAAAGCCGAUGAUGAAGAAGAUGAAACGGUAUUAAUGAUAAAAGAACUAUUGGAUGCCCGAAUAAGACCUACUGUCCAAGAAGACGGCGGUGAUAUUAUUUUUAAGGAUUUUAAAGAUGGUAUAGUGCGAUUAAAACUACAAGGAUCUUGCUCAAGUUGUCCUAGUUCCGUAGUUACUUUGAAAAAUGGUGUACAGAAUAUGCUUCAGUUUUAUAUACCAGAUGUAUUAGGCGUUGAACAAGUUGAAGAUGAAUUAGAUGCAGUAUCUAAAGAACAGUUUGAUAAGUUAGAGAAGAACAUACAUGAUGAAGAGAAGAGUGAAUGAACAAGUCAAUGGGUAGACUAAACGAUGAGAUAGCAUUUAUUAUACGUCGUGUGAUAAGAGUUACUUGUUGAUAUGAAAUAAUGUACAUACUCGAAUUCUCGAUAGUUUAAUUAGUAAAAAAUCAGUAAUAUAUCUUGACCAACUUUGUUUUCA